AUGUCCCUCAACGAGGAUGAACCAAUUUAUAUGGUGACUGUGACUUCGCAAACAGUUGGUGGCAGCACUGAGACGCUAUGUGCACAAAUCCACCUUCUAAAGGAGCCCCUCAACUUGCUGGUUACCCUGGAAGUGGAAGGUGCCAGCAAGAUCACUGUGUUGCAGCAGUUGGUCUCGGCAGAGUUCCAUCUCUGUGUCCAGUUCCAGGUUCCUCCUGUGCUCAUUGAUACUGUGGCAACCAUUCAUUCUGCUGUCACAUGGGGGGGAAGGUAUCUGAGGAAGAAAACCAAAAUCCUGAUCAAACCCAGCGCCCACAUCACCCUGAUUCAAACAGAUAAGCCCAUCUACAAACCAGGACAGACUGUCCAGUUCCGUGUUGUCUCUCUGGAUUCCAGUUUAGCGUCUUACAGCCAAGUGUACCGCACUGUGGAGCUGCAGGACCCUGACAUGAACCGUAUUGCCCAGUGGUUGAACCAGUCGACCACCAGUGGCAUUCUGGACCUGUCCCACCCCACAACCACUGAGGCCAAGCAGGGUGUUUACACGAUCACCACCUGGACUGAGAUGGGCGAACAAACCUUCCACAUCUUUGAAAUCAUAGAAUAUGUUCUACCCAAGUUUGAGUUGAAAGUUCACCUUCCUGACAGCAUAAUUUCGGAUACAGAGGUGACAGUGAAGAUCUGUGGGAAAUACACCUAUGGGAAGCCAGUCCUGGGGUCAGUGACAGCAGAGAUGUGCACCCAACCUGAUUUUUUUGGGAUGUGGGGGCCGUAUCCCAGAGGUCCUGUCAUGUGCAGAAGGAAUGUCAAUAUGAGGAUCAUUGUGAAAGGAGCAGACUCCUCCCCCAUGCCCAACAAGUCCAUCUACCUGUAUGAGUAUAACGGCCCAAACACAAUGAACAGGACACUGACGACUGACAGCAAUGGUGUGGCCAGCUUCUUAUUGGACACUAGUUCCUGGGAGAUGGGAUCUGUCUCCUUAGAGGCACGGUGUUUUAAAGGUUCACCACAGGGGGACUCCAAGGGUUACGUAAACUAUGAAGCUGCUUACCAUUCCGUGUACAAAUUUUAUUCAAAAAGCAAGAGCUUUUUGAUGAUCAAGCAAGCACAAGGGAAGCUCCCAUGUGAUGAGGAAGUUAAUGUACUGGUUGAUUCCACCAUCUAUGAAGAGGAGCUUAAUGGGCAGAAAACACUGGACUUUUUCUACCUGGUCCUAUCCAAAGGGAAAAUGGUGGAGCAUGGGUAUUCUCCCGUGACACUGACUGAUGGAGAUGACGAAGGAGAAGUUAAGAUAGGGAAGCUGUCCUUAACGCUGGAGCGGGUAGAAGAGCUGGUCCCUUAUGCCCAGGUGGUGGUGUACACGGUGUUGCCUAUGGGUGAGAUUGUGGCAGACAGCUCCGACUUCCCCAUCCAGUUGUGCUUCAGGAACAAGGUGUCUCUUCAGUUCUCCUCCCCCCAGCAGCUCCCUGGGGAGAAGACGUCCCUGGAGCUGCAGGCCCAGCCGGGGUCUCUGUGCUCCCUGAGGGCCAUCGACCAGAGCGUCCUCCUGAAGAAGCCAGAGGAGGAGCUCAACGCAAAGUCGGUGUAUGACAGACUGCCUGUUCAGAGGCUGCAGGGCUACCCAUCUCAGCCAUCAAAGGAAACCAUUCGUACCUUCUUCCCUGAGACGUGGAUCUGGGAGCUGGUACCAGUGGGAGAUUCGGGCUCAGUGAGGGUGGAGAAGACUGUCCCAGACACCAUCACUAAAUGGGUGGCAAACGCAUUCUGCACCUCCUCAGCUGGAUUCGGCCUGGCCGCCAACACGGGCCUCACGGCCUUCCAGCCUUUCUUCUUGAGCCUGACACUGCCGUACUCCAUCAUCCGUGGGGAGGUGUUCACACUGAAGGCCACGGUCUUCAACUACCUCUCCAAAUGCAUCAUGGUUCAGGUCAGUCUGGCGGAAUCGGCGCAGUUCACAGCUCAGCCGUGUCAUGGCUGCCAGUACAGGCGGUGUCUCUGUGGAGAGGAGAGUGACACAUUCAGCUGGGUCCUCACCCCAACCGCUCUGGGUGAGGUGAGCAUUAAAGCCAGUGCAGAGGCCCUGAGUACCGAGGACCUGUGUGGCAAUGAGGUGGUCACUGUGCCUGAGAGGGGACAAAUCGACACUGUGGUCCGAAAGCUGCUGGUGGAGCCUGAGGGUAUAGAGCAGACCUUCAGCUACAAUGCCCUGAUGUGCCCAAAAGAGGGUGCAGUGGAGGAAGCUGUUUCUCUAACGCUGCCAGAGGGCACUGUGGAGGGCUCUGCCAAGGCCUCUGUCUCAGUACUGGGAGACCUGAUGGGGCGCGCUAUGAGGAACCUGGAUGGCUUGUUGGCCAUGCCGUACGGCUGUGGAGAGCAGAACAUGCUGCGCUUCGCCCCCAACAUCUUCAUCCUCAGAUACCUGGAGAGCACCGGACAACUGACACCGGAGAUCAGGGCCAAAGCCAUCACCUUCCUGGAGAGUGGUUAUCAGCGGGAGCUGAACUACAAGCACAGAGACGGCUCCUACAGUGCCUUUGGACAGAGGGACCCUUCAGGAAACACCUGGCUGACUGCGUUUGUGAUGAAGUCUUUUGGAGGCGCGAGGCCGUACAUCUUUAUCGACCCAGAACACAUCACCAGCGCCAAAGCAUGGCUCAGCCGUCAUCAAAAUCCGGAUGGCUGCAUCAGGUCUGUGGGGAAACUCUUUCACAAUGAGAUGAAGGGCGGAGUCAGUGAUGAGGUGAUGUUGACCGCCUAUGUCACGGCAGCUCUCCUUGAACUGGACAGGAACGUCACUGACCCCAUGGUGCAAAAGAGCCUGUCGUGUCUGAAACUGGCUUCAGAUCAGCUCAACAGCAUCUACGCCACUGCCCUGCUCUCCUACACCUUCUCCCUGGCCGGAGACCAUGAUAUGAGGACGCAUCUCAUUGGCCAGCUGGACAGAGUGGCCAAGACCAAAGGAGAAGGCCGACACUGGGAACAGGCUGAGACUUGUGGGAUAGACUCACUGUCGGUGGAGAUGACCUCCUAUGUGCUCCUGGCCCUCCUCUCUGGGCCUCCCCUUCCUGGAUUCAACCUGAGCUACUCCUCCGCUAUUGUCCACUGGCUGGCCCAGCAGCAGAACCCCUACGGUGGCUUCUCCUCCACACAGGACACAGUGGUGGCUUUGCAGGCUCUGACGCUGUACGGUGCUGCCACCUUCAGUCCGGGAGGUGCCAGCACAGUGACAGUGGCCUCUACAGGCAGCUAUAAGCAGCAGUUCAGUGUGGAUCAGCACAACAGGCUGCUGUACCAGGAAGAGCAGCUGCAGGAGGUGCCUGGAGUCUACAGCAUCAAGGCGGAGGGCGAGUCCUGUGUGUUUGUGCAGAUCGCUCUGAGCUACAACAUCCCCCCUCCUCCAGACUCCUCCUCCUUCACCAUCACGGCCACAGCAGCAGGGAACUGCAGCAGCACACGGAGGCCGUCCCUGGUGGUGACUGUGGAUGUCAGGUACAAUGGCAAGCGGGAGGAGACCAACAUGGUGAUCAUCAGCGUCCGCCUCCUGUCUGGAUUUCUCCUGGAAAAGAGCUCUCUCACCCCUCUGAAAGCUGAUCCCACUGUCAAAUGGGUUGAAGAGAAAGAAGGUCAUGUGAUCAUCUAUCUGGAUGAGCUGAAGAGGAUGGAGCCCAAAAUGUAUAAUCUGAUUAUAGUGGAGGAUGUACCAGUGAGGAACUUGAAGCCCGCUGUGGUGAAGGUUUAUGACUACUACAAGAAAAGUGACGAGGCGGUGAGUGAGUACAGCUCCCCCUGUGCCCAGGGUGACAAGGCAAACUAG